AUGCCCCCACAGUCGACCCGUUGUAAUGUGGUCCGGCUUCUUGUCGACAUAGCUCCGGACUGUAUCGAGGACAGGGACGAUGCUGGAAUGCCUCCAUUUUUAGCAGCUGUCUGCCAUAACGCUCUUGAUGUGGUUAAGAUCCUCAUAGAACAUGGAACUGACAUCUUUGUCACCGAUGAGGAAGGACGGACUGCAAUUCAUGUUGGUGCUAAGUUCAAUGCCAUUAAGGUGUUACGG